GCACUAAAGGAGCCACAGCAUUUAAAGAACCUAACUUUCUUAAAAUACCUUUUCCAAAGACCAAAGCCAAACUUUGAAUAUUCUAUCAAAAUCUUUCAAAGGGUAGUUAUUCGUUAAUUCUGGUAAAUCAUGGUUUCGUGUUUCAUACUUGAGUCCACAUCAGGCUAAUGCAUAAGAAGCCAAGCUGACCAUAUCACCUUCAUGCUGCAAAACCCAUGGCUGUGUCUAUUUUGAAUUUCAAGCUAAGGGGAACAAUUAGAACAAGUCAAGCCAGUGAUCAAAGAGUAGCAGUUGAAGUAACUAAGGAUAGAAAUGGAAUCGAUCAGGUUGUUCUUCGCAAUCCUCGAGGUGCUUCAGCUCGGGUUAGCUUGUAUGGAGGACAGGUUCUGUCAUGGAAGACAGAUCAGGGAGAAGAAUUACUGUUCACGAGUAGUAAGGCAAUUUUCAAGCCCCCAAACCCAGUUCGUGGAGGAAUCCCUAUCUGCUUUCCUCAGUUUGGAAAUCGAGGAGCACUAGAGCAACAUGGAUUUGCAAGGAAGAAAAUGUGGGUGAUUGAUGAAAAUCCACCACCAUUGCAUCCAAAUGAUUCUAAUGGUAAUAAAGCCUAUGUUGACUUGUUACUUAAGCCAUCUGAAGAAGAUCUGAGGAUUUGGCCACACAGUUUCGAGUUUCGACUAAGGGUGUGUUUAGGAGCAGAUGGGAACCUAAUCUUGCUGUCGCGCAUCAGAAAUAUAAAUUGCAAGCCAUUUAGUUUCUCAAUUGCUUACCACACAUAUUUUUCCAUUUCAGACAUCAGUGAAGUAAGGAUAGAAGGAUUGGAAACUCUUGACUAUCUUGACAACCUUUGUCAAAAGGAAAGGUUUACAGAACAAGGAAAUACCUUAACAUUUGAAUCUGAGGUAGAUCGAGUUUAUCUUAGUUCUUCAAAUGUUGUAGCUGUUUUUGAUCAUCAGAAAAAGCGAACAUAUACAAUAAGAAAAGAAGGACUUCCAGAUAUUGUGGUGUGGAAUCCCUGGGAGAAGAAGUCGAAAUCCAUGGUGGAUUUUGGAGAUGAAGAGUACAAACAGAUGCUGUGUGUUGAUGGGGCAGCAAUUGAGAAGCCAAUAACACUAAAACCAGGUGAAGAAUGGAGAGGCCGUUUAGAACUCUCUAUUGUUCCUUCUUGUUGAUGAAGAAGUACAAUCUUGAUUUCCUGUCAAAAUUCUUUCAAUAUUAUAUUUUAUGGCACAUAACACUAAUAAUCCGAGUUAAUGUUGCUGGUCAAUCUGUAUUUGUACUGCAGAGGUUAAUAAAAAUCAUAAAUCACCUUCUAAUGUGGUUAUGGUGGGUGAUUAUGAAUUAGUCCUUAAUUAGUGAAGUGGAGAAAUUUGUUUUAGGUUUUCUCCAUAGUAGCAAUUGCAGAAGAAAGAAUGUACUAAGAAACUUGCAUGUAAUUUGAAAACUGUAUAUAUGGAUUUGUAGUUUAAUGUAA